CUUGAGCUAUGUGGUUACCAUCCUGCAUGUUUCGGGUGCAAGCUGCCGUGUUUGUUUGUUUUGGUUUCCUUUGCUGUUGUUUUUUGUUUUGUUUUUUUGUUUGUUUGUUUUUUGUUUUUCUAUUUAUAAUUCAUAUAUUUGCCAUUUGCUUAGAUUUCUGCUAUUUCCACUAUUAAGUUAUAUUAAUAUUAAUUCGAGCCUGACGCUGCCUGAGAAGUUUGUGUGUGAUCUGGACCACCUUAAAUCGCUUGGUGUGCACCACGUGGUCCUAUUCCUGGAAAGUUCCUGGAAAUGCUUGCUUCUUAUGUGCUCAUCGGAUAUUCGGGUGCUGUCUCACUCGGUGGGUUCGGGUAUCUAUAAGAAGCAGCAGCAGGAGCAAUGGGCGGACUGAAUCACAUUUUGGGCGCGCUCAGGUCUUAAUUUUGCAGUAUGCGUCGAUUUUGCUGAAACCAUUUAUGGACACAGAGUUAAUUACUGUAAUCUGUUGUCUGUAAUAAAUGUAACGUCGAUGUGUUUAACGUUAAAGCCUGCUGUUUAGAAGCAAUAGUGAGGAAGACGGCAAAGCAACCUGCCACAGUGUGAACAAUAUGUGGAUUUAACACCGCCCGUGCCGCUUGUCAUGUCGGUCAUUUUGACGAAGGAGCGACACACGAACGACGGUCCUCGGGGUAAAGGAAAAGCCAAUGCCCACGUCUAUCGCUCAAGGAGAGAGAGGAGCGUGUUGCUGGUGCGACCUGAGCUGUGAACUGCUGUGAAUGUUGUCUCAUGCAGUGGACCUGGCCUAAAAGGCUGAAGGUUGGAUCUUUUCGAUGACCUGCCAGUCAUUUGAGGCCCCUGAGCCCAUUGAGAGUGACAGACGAGCCGACACCAACACCAGGACCGUGGAAUCAGAUGAGAGCCGCAUCGCGUUGGCCAUGAAGGAGUUGAAAAACACAGGCUGGUACUGGGGCAGUCUAACCGCCAAUGAAGCCAAAGAAAUCCUCCAGGAUGCCACUGAAGGCACAUUCCUGGUCCGGGACAGCUCACAGAGGGAUUAUUUAUUCACUAUUUCUGCUGUAACAUCAGCAGGUCCUACAAACUUGCGCAUUGAAUAUAAACAUGGAAAGUUUAAAUUGGACUCUGUUGUUCUGGUCAAGCCUAAACUCAAACAGUUUGACAGUGUUGUUCAUCUGGUAGAACACUAUUUCAAGCUGUCCAGGAAUAGUGAUAAGACUACUGUAGACUCUCAACCGUCAGCACCUCCAAAUGGAACCGUGCAGCUGCUCCUCACCAAACCUGUGUACACUGCCACACCAUCACUGCAGCACCUCAGCCGCAUUGCCAUUAAUAGGACAACACGGCAUGUCCAAGCUCUGCCAAUACCCAAGAGACUCAAGGACUAUCUUCUAGACUACACCUAUAAUGUGUAGCUACUAACUACCUUCAGCCAGAAUCUGAGGACGGAUGGAUGCAGUUAUAUAACCAAGAUGUAAUAGGUAGCAGGUGCUGUGUCAUUUCUCCACUAGACACAAAUUCUAUAUUUUGGACCUGUUGUCACAUAAUAAGUAAGUAUUUAUUCAUUAAAAUAAGGGUAUGUGCAGAUUGAACACUGUAUGUUUAAAAUGCUGGUCAUACUUUUUACUGUGUAGAAAACAUGACUUGAAAAUACUGCAACCAGAGAUUAUCUACAUCUGCGUUUUAAAGCCUUUACAGAUCUAAAGACUUUGAUUCCCCUUACUCAUUUAUACAGCAUAACAACACACUGUUAUCAAAUAAUGGCUAUCUGGACUAUACACAGAUGCAAAAACAUGCUGCUUAGAGAAGAUAUUUUAAGACUCGGAUAGAGCAGUAAUUAAUAUGGUGCAGAAAAUGUGUAAAUAUGUUUGUUUUUUUUAUGAAAACCAUAUUUUCACUGCAAGUAUUUUCAAGAUGUCCUCAGUCAUUAAGAUAAGCUGCUCCCAAUUAAGCUUUAUACAGAAUGAUGACCAUAAAUUGAUGCGAACAGUUUUCUUUCUUUUUUAAAAAGAGACAAUAGAGCAUUAGAGAAAUUUAUACAUAAUUGUUUUUGGGUGAGCAGUGGUAGUGGUAUCAGCAGAACCAAUGUUUUCUGGUAUCCAUUUGGAUUCAUUGGUGUUUAUAAGAUUUAAAGGGUCCUUGUUUCACUUUUCGGGUGGGGGUCCACCUCCUUCUUGUUUCCACUGAAAUUUUUUUGUAUUUUUUUGUAAUGUUCCAUAGUAUGGCAUUCAAUUUUUGUUAUUAUUGCUCAAAAAUACCUUGAAAAACAAACACAAUACUUGGCCAUGUAGCACCCCAUCCCCCUGUCUGUUUCCAGGAAAAUAGGUGUGGAACCCUGCACCAGAAAAGUUACAUAGUGCACCUUUUUAGCUGUGAAGUUGUGACUGUGUGAAAAUAUUCACAGAAUAAGGUUUGAUAGUGGGCAAAAGAAAAACAUGCAUGUUUGUUGAUUUGAUCAUGCGUCAUCAGUCAGUGCUUACGUAUGUUAGACACUGGUCUUGUUAGACUUUGUCCAGCUUUUUGUAGUCACUCCUUAAACAUCCUUAGACAUCUGAAACAAACUCCAUUAAACUACAAGACAACUACUUUUCUGUGACCUAACUCAAAAAAACAAACAAAAAAACCCCCAUACAAUUGUGGAAACAAUAACAAUUUGAGUUCAGAAAUUUAAAUGAAUAUGUAUUAUAUAUUAAUGGCCGUAAAAACACACACACACACACACAAAAUAAACUGCAAUAUGAGAUAUCUGCUUUGUUAUUGUGGAAUUCUCUGGGUACACCAGAUUUACAUUUUUUGUUCAAUGCAGCUUUUUCCUAAUUGAGCAUUUUUCCUGAAAAUACCUAUUUAUUGAUUGUGUUGCCUUUCUGUUCCUUUUUUUAUUUAAUAAAAUUUGUACCAACUUCACAAUUUUUCAAUAAAAAAACCUGUCAGUUUA